ACGCAAAAGUCAAAACAAAAAUACGACGAGUGAUGUUUCGAAUUCGAAUUUGUUAUUAGAAAACAAGACAAAUAAAUCAACAUUAAGUUUUAUUCACGGUUUAAGGAAUACGAUGUUAAAAACCAAUAAAACUCCGCCUAAAAUAUGUUGUGAACGUUACAGAAAACACUUGCGAGCUUUCAACAGCUUUGACAAAAAUGUUUUCAGAACUGUGAAAAAGGUCAUUGUUUCGAAGAAAAUUUACUCUGCAAGAAACGACAAAAGCUUUUCUACAGGUGUUCUAAGCAGCUACAAAGGCACUAAAGUCACUACACCCAAGAAAACUGCUAAAUCUGACUUAAUUUUUGAUAAAAACAUGACUUGCAAUGAAGAGCUGGAUAUCUGUAACAAUUGUGGUGAUGUUGCUUCUAACUCGGGAAUGAUCCCAAAAUCAGGCAGAAAUGGACCUCAAAAUCGUAUAAAAAGUGUAUCUAGACAUAAAUUUACAGAUAAAAGCCUAAAUAUUAGAAGUAGUACAAAUAAAUCUUCUACUAAAAUUAACAGUGAAAAUAAACCAAUACAACAAUAUUAUAGAAAUGAGAAGUUUAAUCAGUCGUCCGACUCUAUUUAUACCACAGAUAAUAAUAAUAUAAAAAAGCUUUCCAAAGUAUCGCUCAACACAAUAAUUGAAAAUCCAGAAAAGGUGUCCGAUACUGAGUCAACUAUUUUUGAAAUAUAUCCUGAGAAAUUUGGAGAGGCAGUAGGUUUCACGGAUCCAGAUGACAAGGAAACUAUAGAACAGCUAAAAUUAUUCAGAAAAAAUAAUUAUUUUGAAUGCCAUUCAGUCAAAUCUAGGAUCUAUUCAAAAGGUAGUGUUACAAGUUUGAAUAACCAUAAAUGUGUGUACAGAUUCUAUUUGAAUGACAGAUUAUUUCCUGUACCGCUAAACACAGACCAUCAAGAAAAUAUUAGAUGUAUUGAAUGCCAUCUACCUUUAGAAAAAUAUUGUGAAAAUUCACAUAUAAACGGUACAGUGCAGGCUAAAGUAAAAUUGAAUGGCAAAAUUCAAGAUAUGCUACUAAUGUUGCCAGUUAAAAACUCCCUCAUUGUUAAAGAGAGGCGAAAAGUAUCUAAAGUUGACAAAGAUUAUGAUUCUCUCUAUUUUGGUAUAAUAAAAUUGGAUUUGAACGGAAAUUCAAAGUUCAAUAGAAAUUUGCCUAGCGACUCUUUGGCUUUGAAAUACCAGAAAGGAUAUAAAGAAUUGACUGUGAAUAAGAAGUAUGAGUAUGAUUGUGUUGGAAACAAUGAUAUUAUUAUUGUUUAAUUUGUAUUUACUUACUAUGUAUAAAAAUAC